GUCGUUAUCUUUCGAUCCAUCGUUCGUUGUUCGAGUCCGCAGUCCGCGCUUUUAAAACUGUAAACACACGAAAACUAGAAGUGUGAAUUUCGUGCUCCGUGCUGUCUGCCUCACUCUUAGUGACUUCCUCCUUGUAGUCUCAAUCAACAAUGUCACUAGAUACUAUUCCUAAAGAUUUGCGCCACCUGCGCGCUUGUCUUAGCUGUUCACUUAUCAAGAAUGUAGAGCAAUUUGAAAAUGAUGGUUGUGAAAAUUGUGACGAAUUUCUUCACAUGAAGAGUGACCGGGAAAAAGUUUUUGUCUGCACUAGCAACAACUUUGAUGGGAUGAUUUCUCUCAUGAGUCCUGAUGACAGCUGGGUGGCUAAGUGGCAAAGAAUAAAUCGAUUUAACAAAGGUAUUUAUGCUAUAUCUGUGUCUGGAAAGUUGCCACCAGUUGCGAUUCGAGAUAUGAAGAACAGAGGAAUAUCUUACAAGUCGAGAGAUAACAGUACUCGGUAGGCUCCUCAGUUUUUUUCCUAUGUAUCUCUGCUGCUCAGGUUUUUAUUUAACCAAUGUAUGUGAAUUUUACUGAUCUCAACAUAAAAUAAAGUAUGAAGAAUUUCAAAAGCA